GCUACCCACCCUCGCGGUCCGUGCGGGGUCGAGGCUGGGACCCGGGUGAACAGGGACUACGCUAAGGCGUCACUGUGACGGCGUUAAUCGCUGCGGUUACCGACAUGCCAGCGAGCGAAGGAGAGAGAGAGAGAGAACCUAAUCUGAAACAGGAAGAGAGAGAGAGAGAGAGAGAGAGAGAGAGAGAGAGAGAGAGAACCUAAUCUGAAACAGGAAAAAGGCAGAUGCGCCCUCCUCUGGUAUCUCCGAAGGAUUCCGCUUCGCUGUCGGGACCUCCGGCUGCCUGGCCAAGCCUGUCCCUCAACCCUGCCCCUGAGGCUAACCCCAAGAGCAGGGCAGAGAAGCAAGCAACUACUGGGAUAAUCCACGCAGAAAAGACGGUGUCAGAGCUGUACCCUGGGAUCGGCGGAAGAGGGUCCCUCUGGGGCCUGUAAGGGGUGCCUGGGAUGUGCCUUUCGCCUUCUGCUAUGAUUGUGAGGCCUCCCCAGCCACGUGGAACUAUGCCCCCCCAGCGGAUCAAAAUGACAGAUGUAUGUCACAUUGUGGGUUUGGAUCAGAAAGCACUGUUGAGCAACACUUUGAUUCCGUGUUUCUUCCCAUCCUCAGCUACUUCUUGGAAGAGCAGUGGAGAGAAAAAUAUUGUUUUUUUUUUCUUGGGAAAUUGGCAGAGGCACGCUGAAGAAAUCAGCUACAGCUGUUCUCCACACCUGGAUAAAUUUUUAAUAAGAACUUAACGCGCCCGCCCUCCAGAAAGGGUGGUCUGUGGUGCCUCUGGUGUUGUCUGUCCCAGGGCUCUUCUGGGCAGCUUUCUCUGUGACCUGGAGAGCAAAGAGUCUAUUUCCAUCACAUUUCCACUGCCAAACUCCCCUUUAAACCAUCCAGACUACAAGUGAAGCAGAGAAAACUACCUAAUCAAGCAACAGAAUUGAUGGAUGAAAAUUAUAACCUCUUUCCUCACGGAGUCAAUUUCCAAGAUGCCAUCUUCCCAGACACUCAAGAGAACAGAAGGAUGUUUUCUAGCCUUUUCCAGUUUUCAAACUGUUCCCAAGGGCAGCAGCUGGCGACUUUCUCCAGUGACUGGGAAAUCCAGGAAGACAAUAGGCUCAUGUGCUCCUCGGUGCAGAAGGCCCUGUUCGAGGAGGAGGACCACGUCAAGAAACUGCAGCAGAAAGUGGCCACCCUGGAGAAGCGCAACCGGCAGCUCCGGGAGCGUGUGAAGAAGGUCAAGAGGUCCUUGCGGCAGGCGCGUAAGAAGGGUCGCCACCUGGAGCUGGCGAACCAGAAACUCAGUGAGAAGCUGGCGGCGGGCGCGCUGCCGCACAUCAACGCCCGGGGGCCCGUGCGCGCCCCCUACCUGCGGGGGUAACGGGCCUGGGGGCCGCCGGGUGUGCAGGGCCAGUCCUGGCGGUAAUUGAGAAUGAGUGAGGUUUUGUACAUGCAGCUAUUUCAAGGGUUGUAGGAGUUUUUGUUUUUAAUCACGCAUUUGGUAGAGUCUAAACGGAUAAAACGCAAGGCUUGCUUUCCCCUUGGGUGCUGGCCUCAACGUCAGACCCCACGCGCUGCCCCUUCCUGGCCUGACCCCAGACACAGUGCCUGGCAGUCCAGAGGCAGCGGGAUCCCUGAGGGCUGAGUGCUCACCUGCAGAGCGGCCCAGAAAGAGCCCUGACUGGGGAGAGAACAUUUUAGAAUCUCUAGUGUAAAAGACAUCAACGUGCUUAACCUUUAUUUCAGAAGAAAAUCAGGGUGGUUCCCAGAUACCCAGUCCAGGACAACCGUUAGUCCUGAUGAGUGAGCUGAGGUUAGUGCUGGAACCUGCUGGCACCUCACUGUCCACAUCUUUGGAAGGGGGUGGUGGCCUUGCAUCCAAGAUGCCUGAAAAUCGACACGUGCAGGGCCUCCCUAUCCAGCCAGCAUUUUCCUUUCAGCUGAGGCAGGUGAAGACUUAAUAAGCUCAUCACAGGGGAGGGAAUUAGGAGCAGGGCAGCAGAUAAUUAAACAAGAUAAAUUAUACCUGAUUUCCAACACUAGCUACAAAGAGUUGAAGAUGAUACCUAUGGGUCUCAUUAACACAGGGGGCAACUGCCUUGAUCGGCCUGCCAUGGGUCAUCAAACUGCUUCCUAAAUUGAGAGAACCUGAGCAAUCUCUCAGCCACUGCUAUAAUCUAACUUCUUGUUUGCUCAGUAAUUGUUUCUAAUGUCUGUGAAUUCAAAGUGAGGUGCUCCAAGACGCUGUGAACUUCUGCAAAGACACCUCCUAACCUACUGGGAUCACGUGACCUGACCUCACUCCCAGCCAGCCUCCCAAAGGGCUCGUUCCAGCCAUUCCAAUCUCUUCUUCUUUAUGCAAAUACUUUCCCCUCAACAAGCCUUGUUUGUUCCGAUAGGAAUAUGUGUACAUCAGUGCACUUGUCCUUACGUCAGUUCCUUACACCACCAAAGCACUUCACCUUUCUGGAAAUAAAACUUUUAAGACACUACUAUAAGUAAAAAUGAAAGUAUUCACUAUACUUAUUGCUCAGGCACAUUUGAGCAGGUCCCAGCUGUGUGGUUAAGAAGUCAACUGAGUGGCCUUUUCUGGGUUGCCUUCUGAUCAUGGCCUUUCAACCCAACAAGGGCCCUUCCCUGCUGUUCCACCAAUAAAGGCCUCCUGGCCCCUCAUCAGGAUCUGCCCCCCAGAGACCACCCAGACACUGCAGGGCCUGGUGAUGCUGCCCUCUGCACCGGAAACGGCAGGCACUGUCAGAUUUCCACUCUUCUGCCUUUAGGAAAGCUGGGUGCUUCUUGCUCUGACAGCCAGUCUGGGGAGAUGACUCUUAUGUCACCUGAGUCUUGGUGGCAGGCUUCUGUCCAAGGGGGAGAAGUCUCUGCUCUGGACUGGACAGAAGGGAGACUUUUACCCUGGGGCACUCACAUGGCCAAGCUUCUGCCACCACUUCGUUAGCUGUAUUCUCCAUAGCAUGGUGAAAUAGCAGGUGCGUCUUCUAGUUUAUUCCUCCUGGGGACAUUUCCUCAAAGCAGUUUUGCUCCCCCGCAAGGGAAUGGUCAGCCUAAGGGUGAUGUACAGCCCGUGCUUGGAGAACCAUGGAAGCUGCACCCCUGCAGGUGCAUCCUGUUCUGCUUUUCCAAUAAAUACGAGCGGCGAUUUCAACCACAA